AUGAGCUACUUUGCAGACUUACUGUGUACUAGGCCAGCGCUGCUCAAAGUGUGGGCCACGGACCAGCAGCAGCAGCAUGACCUGGAAACUCGACCAUAUACAAAGAGCCAACAAGCUCAACAUGCCAGAGGAUCGGAGCUGAGAGUCAUUCUGGUGGGCAAAACCGGAACCGGCAAAAGUGCUACAGGGAACAGCAUCCUGGGGAAGCAAGCAUUUGAGUCCAGGCUGAGUGCCCAGCCCUUGACGAAGACCUGCAGUAAAAGUCGGGGAAGCUGGGGAGACAGAGAGAUGGUUGUUAUUGACACACCAGACAUGUUUUCUGGGAAGGACCCCUCUGAUUCCCUGUACAAAGAGGUACACAGGUGCUACUUACUCUCCGCACCAGGACCCCACGUGCUGCUCCUGGUGACACAGCUGGGCCGAUUCACCACCGAGGACCAGCGGGCUGUGCAGAGGGUGAAGGAGAUCUUUGGAGAGGAUGCCAUGAGGCACACAAUUGUCCUCUUCACCCGCAAGGAAGACCUCAAGGGAGGCUCCCUGAUGGAUUACAUCCAUGGCUCUGAUAACAAAGCCCUAAGCGCGCUGGUGGCUGCGUGUGGGGGGCGAGUGUGUGCCUUUAAUAACCGUGCUAAAGGGAGCAGUCGGGAUGACCAAGUGAAGGAGCUAAUGGCCUUGACUGAGAGCCUAGUGAUGGCGAAAAGGGGUGACCACUACAGCAAUAGGUUGUACAGCCUAGUAACAGGGUCUGAAUGUGGAACUGUGCAGUCAGAGGAGAGAUUACAGGAUUUCAAAGAGAGCUUUAUAAAGUACAUGGAAAUUCAGAGACAUUCAACCAUGGUCAAAGCCCUAAUCCUAAUAGUGAUGUGUAUUUUAUUGUGUAUUCAGGUGUUUGUCAGAUUGCAAACUCUGUUAUUUUGUGUAUUGCACGGAAUGUGCAAUUUCUUUUACUGCUUACUGUUUAGCAUGUGCAAUUUAUUCUGUAGCUUACUGUUAAUUAUACCCCAAAAAUUAAUGAUAAUUUUUAGAAAGACCAUUAGACUGGAAUGCAAGACUCCUAUAUUAUAGUUACAGUCAGUGGUUCUUUAUCCACUGUCAUUUAGUGGGUGAAUCACACACUGUACCUCCCCUGUAAAAUACAGUGCCUGACAGCACUAAACGUUUGAGAUUCUGUGAAGUGCUUAAGUCUUAACAUCAUUCUAUU